AGAGAGAGAGAGAGAGAGAGAGCGCGUGUGUAGUAAAAGCAAAGGAUCUGAUAAAGAAGAUGGAGGCAUGCUGGUGGUGAGAGAGUUUUUCUUCUUCCUUUAUCUACUCAUCUUUGGAUCUCUUUUUCAUGAACCCAUCUUCUUCUUCUUCUUCUUCUUCUUCUUCUCGCUAACAAGAGCAACAAAUUUCUGAGCUUUUUCCGUUUGGUAAAUUGGAGCUUUCUACUCUUUGAAUUUUGCCGUCUACCUUCCGUUCUUGCAUCUGCAGAUUUUUGUGAUCUUAAGUUUAGGUUAUCUUCCUCUAUUUCUUGACAUUUCUGGAUGUUGAAGGACGGUGCAUUUUGAUUUUUUUUUUUGUUUCUUUUUCCUUCCUUUUUCGUUCCUUUUACGCACUCAAUUUCUAAGUCUGAGAAGCGAGGAGUGGAGCCAGAGAUUUUUUUUUUUUUUUUUGGUGGGGGAAAUUGGUGGGAUUUUCGCCUUGUUUGUGAUGUUGGAGCUUGUGUUUUCUGUUUGCAGAUUUUUUUUUUGCGGAAAGCUUUGAUCUUUGAUCUUUCAAGUCAUUUUUUUGGUGUAAAGUUGGUGUCUUGGCUGUGAAAUAAUGGAUCACCUACCACUGCUUGGUUGAAUUUCGCCACUUAUUGUGAUUUGAAGGUGAGAUUGUAACUGAAAUGUGAAACCUUUUAUGUUCUUAAUUUUUAACGUAAUUAGGAAUAAAGAAAGUUGGGAGUG